AUGGAGCGCUGCGCAGCUGACCCCAGCGCCGCCCCGGGACUUGACUCCCCGGGGACGCCGUCCUCGAGACGACCCCUCACACAGGCGCAGAAGGACAAGAGACGCCUGAGCACAAAGAUAUCAAAGCGGCGCGCUACCUUAUUUAGAAAGGCCCAUGAUUUUCACAAGGACUGCGGAUUUGAAGCGUACCUCCUGCUGUGGAACGGCCACCGCUCCUUCGUUUACAACUCCCGGCCUGUUGCACCGCCUGAACACGCACAAGUUAUGGAAAGCUACCCCCUACCCAUUGUCUACAACCCAGAGGCUCAUAAAGACGACGAUGGAGCUAGGUCAGGCAGUCAGGGUUUGUGA